AUGGACCAAACGAAGCUAUUUCAGGACUUUGCCUGCUCUGUGCGGUGCGAGAGCAAAAAUACGGUUGUGUUUGUCGCCUGUCCAAAGGGCGGCCGCUACGGCGAUGUGCGCAAGACCUUGGCGGGUUUGCUGCAGCGUCCUUUCAACUCGGUGCACGUGGCCCCACCGAUCGGCGACUUCGCCGUGCCCUUAGAUGAUGAUCAGGUAGUAGAGCCGGCUGAGAAUGAGGUGAUCGUCCCUGCCCGCAUUUUAAAGGCGACGGAGCAGGGCGGGUGGGAGUUUGAGUGA